CGUGGAUCCCGAGAAACAGGCGCAGGACGAGGAGGCAGAACCCGACGGGCGCGUAGAGCAGUAGCGCGAGAAGCAAGAAGCCGUCACCCGGGAGCCUGUAGGCGAGACACAGGAUGAUCGUGCGCCGAAGCCGGGGGGACGCGGAAGUCCGCCCCUUCCCGCUGAGGCGCUUACCGGUGCGAGUCAAAGAGCCGCUCCGGCCCCGGUGCUGGGGGAGGCUCCAUCGCUGCUGUUUUAGGAGAGCCCUGCUAUUGCCGCCGCCAUCUUCGCACCCCGCCGCAGGGUAUACUGGGAAGGCGGAGUCUUUGGGCAUCCGCCCAGUGUGUUGGAACCUGAAAUCCAACACAGGCGCCCCGGAAGGGCUAGCGCUCCCAGCGUUCCCCGCGGCCCUUUGAGUCGCCUCAGAACUCAAGUCCCGUGAGGACCACAAUUCCCAGAAUUCACGGAGGCGGGGUCGUAGUCGCCUCUCGGAAUCCUGGGUCCCGGCGUGCAGUUCUAGAGGACUUCAGGUACCAGCGUGCUAUGCGUCCAGUCUGCAUCUUCCAGGGCACCGCCUCUGAGUAGGGCGGGCGAGGAGACUGCCAAGGCGGAGCUGAUGGCUGCGCUGAGGGCGGGGCGGGGUGCCGGCUGGGGCCUCCGGGAAUGGCGGGCUUUAGGGGGGAUUCGCUGGGGAAAGGGACCCCUGUUGACCCCUGACCUCCGGGGCUUGCUGACGUCAGGAACUUCUGACCCCCGGGCCCGGGUGACGUAUGGGACCCCCAAUCUCCGGGCCCCGUUGUCUGCAGGGUUCUCUGGGUCCCGGGCAUGUCUGACUUCGGGGACCCCGGAUCCCCGAACACGGCUAGCCGCUGAGAUCCCGGAUUCCCAGACUCGGGAGGCCUCAGGGGCUCCUGGGGUCCGUCUGGGUGUGUGGUUGGCAGUGGCCUUGGGCGCCGGAGGGGCUGUGCUGUUGUUGUGGGGCGGGGGGCGGGGUCCCCCGACCGUCCUUGCCGCGGUCUCUAGCCCGCCUCCCCCUUCUCCCCGGAGCCAGUACAACUUUAUCGCAGACGUGGUGGAGAAGACGGCACCUGCCGUGGUCUAUAUCGAGAUUCUGGGCCGGCACCCUUUCUCGAGCCGCGAGGUCCCUAUCUCAAAUGGUUCAGGAUUCGUGGUGGCUGCUGAUGGGCUCAUCGUUACCAAUGCCCAUGUGGUGGCUGAUAGGCGCCAUGUCCGUGUGAGGCUGCCCAGCGGCGACACGUAUGAGGCCAUGGUCACAGCUGUGGAUCCCGUGGCAGACAUUGCUACCCUUAGGAUUCAGACCGAGGAGCCUCUCCCCACACUGCCUCUGGGACGCUCAGCGGAUGUCCGGCAAGGGGAAUUUGUUGUUGCAAUGGGAAGUCCCUUCGCGCUGCAGAACACUAUCACAUCCGGCAUUGUCAGCUCUGCUCAGCGCCCAGCCAGAGACCUGGGAUUGCCCCAAACCAAUGUGGAAUACAUCCAGACUGAUGCAGCUAUUGAUUUUGGAAACUCUGGAGGUCCUCUGGUGAACUUGGAUGGGGAGGUGAUCGGGGUGAACACCAUGAAAGUCACAGCUGGAAUCUCCUUUGCCAUCCCUUCUGAUCGCCUUCGAGAGUUUCUGCAUCGUGGGGAAAAGAAGAAUUCUUGGUUUGGAGUCAGUGGGUCCCAGCGCCGCUACAUUGGGGUGAUGAUGUUGACUCUGACUCCCAGCAUCCUUGCUGAACUACAACUUCGAGAACCAAGCUUUCCUGAUGUUCAGCAUGGUGUACUCAUCCAUAAAGUUAUCCUGGGCUCCCCUGCACACCGGGCUGGUCUACGGCCGGGUGAUGUGAUCUUGGCCAUUGGGGAGCAGCUGGUUCAAAAUGCUGAAGAUGUCUAUGAAGCUGUUCGAACCCAAUCCCAGCUGGCAGUAAGGAUCCGGCGGGGACCAGAAACACUGACCUUAUAUGUGACCCCUGAAGUCACAGAAUGAAGGGAUCAGCAAGGGUCUGAGGCUCCUGCUCUGAUUUCCUCCCUGCCUUCCUGGCCUGGGAUCCUAGGGCACGUCGGCAAAGGACUAAAUGAACCAGUGGAGGGCAGGUCCCUCCAGCCACCAGCACCAAUCCCUGGGUUGAAGACUCACAAAAACACUUUUUAUAUAAAAUAAAAUUAUAUCUAGCAACAUGUUAUAGUCAAAACAAGGGGAGGGGGCUGGAUUUUCCCUCACCAAAAGCUAGAGGUAAGGCUGUAUCCCCCUCUGAACUGAGGAAGAUACUGGAGCUGACCGUCCUGAUCUUCCUGUUCAAGAUAACUAGCCACAGCCAUCCAUCAUUAUGGGCAGUUAGACACUGC